AUGUCGCCCACCAGCGGCGGCGGGUCACGCCUGUCUACUGGAGGUGAAGAUAGUGGCGGCCAGAGGCGUGUCAGUCGGAAACUCCAAAAAAAACGACGCGAUGAUCCCUCGGCGACCUCCCUCGAUCUUCCGGAGCCUCUGAAACAUGGCGACAGUGAUGAUGAGGACUCCCCUAAUGACCCGGCCUCACAACGCGGUCGAGCCAUGUCGGUGAAUAUGAACCAAAGCAUAUUCGGUCUCAUAGCAGCAGCAGGCUCGAGAGUAGACUUCAACACUCGCUUCGACGACGGCAGCAGCGACGAGGAAGAUAGUGAGAACUUGAAAAGCUCCAGUGGUAGCCAGGAUCUUUCCCAAACUGUGAUACUUCCACCACGAGAUAAGGACGCGAGACGAGGUCAUAAGAAGAGGCUAUCAUCCGGCCACAGAUUGCUGAAAUCGCUCUCUACGCUGCCGAAACGGAAAGGCAAAAAGAAAGAAGUGAGUCGGCUGUCCGCUCCUCCUUUAGAUUCGUCCGACGAAGCUCAGGAGACCGUCGACCUUGCAACGUCAACAGUAGCUUUAGAGAAGGAAGACAACAGACUUGCACCAGUAAUGAGCCGAAUGCUUCGGGCGAGGGCUGAGGUAGCCAGCAGACCUAGCUUCGAUUUGGAGAGAAAAUCUAGCGAUCUAGGUGGAAGUGAUGAUAGUGAUGAGGCCUCUGCAUUGGCAAAACGGCUGAUGGAAAUUUUUGAGUUUGAAGAGCCCGAGCAGGUCAUAGAAGAAUACCCUUGUUGGUUAUUACAGAGUGUGCUCCUUCAGGGCUUUCUCUAUAUCACGGCAAAGCACAUUUGCUUUUAUGCGUAUCUUCCCAAAAAGGCUCACGUCGUGGCCAAGUCUGGCUACUUAUCGAAGAGUGGCAAGCGCAAUCCCAAGUAUCAUCGAUACUGGUUCCGCUUAAAGGGUGAUGUUCUAUCGUACUACCGGGACUCCACCAAUCUUUACUUCCCUCACGGCCAAAUUGACUUGAGAUUUGGCAUUUCGGCCAACGUGGUAGACACAGACAAAGACGGCCUGCAUUUCAACGUUGUCACCAGCCAUCGGACUUACAAUUUCAGGGCCGAUAGUGCUCCAAGCGCCAAGGAGUGGGUCAAGAGCCUGCAACGGGUUAUAUUCCGGAGUCACAACGAGGGCGACAGUGUCAAAAUUUCACUACCAAUCGACAAUAUUAUUGAUGUUGAAGAAACUCAGAUGAUGGAAUUUUCGGAGACGUGCAAGAUUCGAGUAAUUGAUAACGAUGAAACAUAUGCCAUUGAUGAGUACUUCUUUUCCUUCUUCAACUUCGGAAAGGAGGCCAUCAAUGUGUUGAAAAUCUUGGUCGAUGGUGCUUCAUCCAACAACAGAACCCCCGGAAAGGUCAUUGCUGAGCAAGAAUUACAACACCUGCAACAGCCUAAGCAGCACUCCAGUAGCCAGCCGUCCCGCCAGAUCUCACCACAUCCAGCAAAGGCGCCUACUCACCAAAGCAUCCACGUCGAUAAGAUCCGAACUGCCAAGCUACCUGAGUCCGUUAAAGCUACUCUUUCUCCCAUGUCACCUCAUUCGGCGAACCCUAGCCCGCGAGCCAGCAUGGAGUGCUCCUCGAGAACCAGCUUGGAUGCCAUCCGGCAUAUGGGGCGGCGAAGCCAUGAAGUGUCCAGCAUGAUACGUGAGCAAAGCCCUAGAAGGAGUUUCAGUGGUCAUCGAAGAACACAGAGCACACGACGUGGGGAUGAAAAGAAGGACAGGCAUAUAAUGGAAUCAUCCGACUCAAAUCUACAGUCAUCCACUGAAGACCCAAGUUUCUCCAACUUGACCAUCUCCGUGGCCACCGAAGACCCUUCAGCGAGUCAAAUCUUGAAGGGUAGCGAAGUGUUUCACAGUCCAACGAUGCGCCGAUCGGAUGCCUCCAGUCAGUCCACGGACGCCAAAGAGGAGGAAUUACACAGAGAGUCGGAAUCGUCCAUUCCCGCAGAGUCGAUGAGCAUGAAGCAUGCGGCUACAACGGGACACAUGGGUCAACUUGGAUAUCAUGGGCAGGGAAUGGGACCCCGGUCGACGACUCCUACGCUCCAGAGUAUCACCAAGAUGGGAUCAUACCCUUUGCAGCGUGCUGGUGCGUUUGCUGACUACUUGAAUAAAACAAGCAAGCGAAUGAGCUCCCUUCUUGCAACGGAAUCUAUGGGAUACGUUGAAAAGGUCUCAGGAAUGUGGAAGGGAGGUCGUAAGCACUAUGGAGAACCGGCCGGACUUCGACCUGAUGAGGACGAACUCGAAGAGGACUCUGACGGCAAGAUUCAGACUUCUAUGGAGCGAUUCAGGGCUCAUUUUGCUCUACCCGAAUCUGAAAAGCUUCAAGCGACUUACUUUGGGUGUAUUAUUCGGGUAUUGCCUCUGUAUGGCAAAAUUUACAUCAGUGACAGGUCGUUUUGCUUCCGCAGCCUACUUCCCGGCACAAGAACGAAGUUGAUUCUUCCACUCAAGGAUAUUGAAACCGCUCAUAAGGAGAAAGGUUUUCGACUUGGGUAUUCUGGUCUCACCAUCGUAAUUCGUGGGCACGAGGAACUCUUCUUUGAGUUUAGCCAGGUCGAUGUACGUGAUGACUGUACUGUGACCUUGCUGCAAAGCCUGGAGACAAACCGUUACCUCAGAGAAGCAGGCAUCCUUCACCAAGAAGACCAUGAGGAAGAAGACCAAGCCAUGGCCGAACGAGACGCUCUCAAGUCAGCUAGACAGGAAGACUUCCCCCAGCAUGAGAUUCUUCCCCCUCAGCAAGCAGACUCCCAACCAAACGCCCCUACGAUUCUCAUGGACGAGACGGACGGCUCGUUCCUCAACUUCAAACCGCCGCAGCCGAUGAAGAUUACAUGCCUGACUAUUGGGUCCAGGGGGGACGUUCAACCAUACAUUGCUCUUUGCAAAGGUCUACUGGCAGAAGGGCAUAAGCCUCGAAUUGCCACCCACGCCGAGUUUCAAGGGUGGAUCGAGUCUCAUGGCAUUGAGUUUGCUAAAGUUGAAGGUGACCCUGGCGAGCUCAUGCGGCUGUGCAUUGAGAAUGGCACCUUUACCAUCUCAUUCCUUCGAGAAGCCAAUUCGGCAUUCCGAGGCUGGCUCGAUGAAUUGCUUGAUUCUGCAUACCAAGCAUGCCUGGGUUCAGAGCUCCUCAUCGAGUCGCCUUCGGCAAUGGCUGGUAUUCACAUUGCGGAGAAGCUGGGUAUCCCAUACUUCAGGGCUUUCACUAUGCCCUGGACCAGGACCCGAGCGUAUCCGCACGCCUUUAUCAUGCCGGAGCACAAGAUGGGCGGUGCUUACAACUACAUGACUUAUGUCAUGUUUGACAACAUUUUCUGGAAAGCUACAGCGCAACAAGUCAACCGUUGGCGCAACAAGACACUUGGUCUUCCCAACACGAGUUUGGAGAAGAUGCAGCCCAACAAAGUACCUUUUCUCUACAAUUUCAGUCCCAGCGUCGUUGCUCCACCGCUCGACUUUUCGGACUGGAUUAGAGUCACGGGGUACUGGUUCCUGGAUGAGGGUGGUGAAUACGAGCCUCCGAAGGAACUGUCCGACUUCAUCAAAAGGGCCAAGGACGAUGGAAAGAAACUUGUGUAUGUGGGUUUCGGCUCCAUCAUUGUGAAUGACCCUGCCAAGAUGACGCAAGAAGUCAUUGAUGCCGUCCUCAAAGCCGAUGUUCGUUGCAUUUUGUCCAAGGGUUGGUCAGAUCGAAUUUCACCAAAGGAUGAUCCUGCCAAGCCGAGACCUGAUGAGCCAGAAAUGCCGCCUGAAAUCUUCGUCAUCAAGUCUGCGCCACAUGACUGGCUGUUCCGACAAAUUGAUGCCGCAGCCCAUCACGGUGGUUCAGGAACAACCGGCGCCAGUUUGCGAGCAGGUAUUCCGACAAUCAUUCGGCCGUUCUUUGGCGACCAAUUCUUCUUUGCGAGCCGAGUUGAGGAUCUCGGUGUCGGCGUUGGCCUGAGGCGAUGGGGUGCCAACAGUUUUGGCAGAGCUUUGUGGCAGGUGACGCGAAACGAGCGAAUGAUUGUAAAGGCUCGUGUGCUUGGAGAGCAGAUUCGCAAGGAUAAGGGGGUUGACACUGCCAUUCAAAACAUAUACCGCGAUCUCGAAUAUGCAAAGAGUCUCAUCAAACGUAAGGCUAAACAGAAUGGCCAGCCGGAUGCUGAAGAAGAUGAAGACACCGAAGAGAGCUGGACUUUCGUCGGGACAGACGAGCCUGAUCCUGACAUGGUCACCAAGAAACUAAGCGAAGGGCUCGGCGGCUUGAGCCCACAGAAGAGUUUGGGCAGUCAGGCAAUUAAGGCAUCAUCAUAA